GCACGUGGGGCCGCAGGGCCCCUUCAGCGAGGUCUACGAACCCGCCGAAGACACUUUCCUGCUGCUGGACGCUCUGGAGAGGGACGCGGAGGAGCUGAGGAGCGGCAGCUGGCACAAUCUUGAAGCUGGACAAAUAGGAUCAGGAUGUGCUUCCCACCACGAGAAGCAAGGCAGUUGCGAUCUCAUCUUUGGGAACCUGCACAUGUUUAUUACAUUGAGAUCUGCCUUGAAGUAGGAUCUGGAUCUGGAGUAGUUUCAACAUUUUUGGCUUCAAUUGCUGGACCCAAAGCGUUAUACUUGUGUACCGAUAUCAACCCUCUGGCAGGUCUGUGCACUGUGGAAACAGCCAUACAUAAUAAUGUUGACAUUCAGCCCAUAAUUACUGAUCUGGUAACAGCAUUGUUGCCACGAUUGCAUGGGAAAGUGGAUGUACUGCUAUUUAACCCACCUUAUGUAGUAACCCCUUCUGCUGAGAUUCACAGUCAUGGAAUAGAGGCAGCAUGGGCUGGAGGUAAAAAUGGCAGAGAAGUUAUGGACAGGCUCUUUCCACUGGUGUCAGACUUGCUUUCAGCUAGAGGAUUAUUUUACUUAGUUGCAAUUAAAGAAAAUGACCCAGAUGAAAUUAUCAAAAUAUUGCAAAAAUGUGGCUUAAAAGGUACCAGAGUACUUUCCAGACAAGCAGGAAGAGAAAAUCUCUCGGUACUUAAAUUUUGCAAGUCCUGAAGACUACCUGUUAAACAAAAUCUACUCUGGAAUAAAGGUUGCACAAAAGACAAUAAUACUUGAUCCUGUAUUAUUAUUUUUCUCACAACGAAGACAGAAGUUCUUUUGAUCAGGACCGAAUUUCUUGAACAGAAAUAUUGGAGGGUAUGGUGUGCAUGUCCACAGUGCACGUACGCCAUGGAAGGCGAGGGGGCUCCAUGUCCUCUUUUUUUGCUCUUCAAAAUAUCGCACCCCUAGUAUACACAGCAUUGCACUGGUGGUGUUCUAGUCUCUGGAAAUUGAAUUAACCAAAGCACAGAAGCUGAGGCUUUACAUACCAUCAGUUUUUGCCUGAGAUGUCAGAAUGCCUUGCUUUAAUAUAUAUAGUAAUAAUAAAUAAUUAUUAAUAUAAAAGCCAUAUACAAUUUGUAUGAUACCCUGAUCAAACAACUUAAGAUUUUUAUUUGUAAAUAAAGCUAAAAUUAGCAUUUCACAGCUAAAUCCAACUGUGUCUGUUGAUUUUCUUUGAGAAGUUAAUUGAAGCAGAGAAGUCAUUUCAGAAGAAGGUCUCCCGACAAAGCGGACAGGUGGAUUUGUUACUAGAUGUAAACCAUUUGUACUGAAAGAAUUAAAAAAAAGAGUAUUAAAAGCAGAUUUGACAUACAUUUUACGUUAAAUGUAAGGUUGCUAGAUGAACAGGUUUUAUUUAUGUCUUAAAUAGUUGAGUAACUAUCACAUGUGUGACUUCUGUGAAAAUUAAAAUGAAAGCCAUUUCUGAA